UAUUGAGAUCAAGCCGAGGACUCGGAUCUAAAAAGGGCGCAUACCGCCAUGCCUCUGUCGCUUCGGGUUCCUCGUGUCUCACCACACCAUCUAUCCACUUGCUUGAUACCCCUUGCUCAUUGGUGCUUGUUCUCCUUGCUAUUUUUCCUGCUAUCUGCCCAACACCGGGUCCAACUAUCGCACUGUUCAUAUCUUGGGCUGUUCUUUGAAACGUCCUUUGCGCCACAGACCUCACAUCUCUUUUCGUGGCCAAUUGCUACAACCCCUAAGGACUGCCCUAGAUCAACAAUACGUCUGGUAUUCAGUACGCUCUUAACGACAGGCAAGCUCCACUGAGAGGAUAAAUCAAGCCCGCAUAAAAAAGGGAGCAAACUACAGCCUUCACCAAGAUGGCUCCACAUGCGCUCGACAUUUUUGAGGGAGGCGAGCCAGUCGCUACCCAGAGGGCAGCGGGUUCCAACGGGGCGACCAACGGCCUCAACGGUCUCAACGGCAGCAACGGUAGGCAGCCGCACACCAACGGGCUGGCCAACGGCUACUACAGCCGCCGGAGCAAGACCACCGCCCCUAGGAGCCAGUUUGUGCUGCCCACGCCAGCGGACGAGCUGCACGAUCUGAUCUGCGUCGGCUUCGGCCCCGCGAGCCUCGCGGUGGCCGUUGCGAUCCACGACGCGCUCGAGGCCGGGCGGUUGGAGACGGCGCCGCGGGUGCUAUUCCUCGAGAAGCAGCAGCGCUUCGCCUGGCACGCGGGCAUGCUCCUUCCCGGGGCCAAGAUGCAGAUCUCGUUCAUCAAGGACAUGGCCAGCCUGCGGGACCCGCGCUCCAACUUCACCUUCCUUAACUACCUGCACCGCCACGGCCGCCUGGUCGAGUUCACGAACCUGAGCACCUUCCUACCCGCGCGCAACGAGUACGAGGACUACCUGCGCUGGUGCGCCGGACACUUUGACGACGUCGUCAGCUACGGCAGCGAGGUGGUCUCGAUCCACCCGCAGGAGGAGGCCGUCGUGGGGCCCCUGAAGACCUUUGAGGUGGUCUCGCGGGACGCGGGCACGGGCGUCGAGGCCAGGUACCGGGCCAAGAACGUGAUCCUCGCCAUCGGCGGCCAGCCGUCGAUCCCGAGGGUUCUGCCGGCGGCCAGCCCCAAGGUGGUGCAUUCGUCGCAGUACGCGCACCUGGUGCCGCGCAUCCUGACCAACACGAGUGCCCCAUACCGCGUCGCCGUCGUGGGCGCCGGCCAGAGCGCGGCCGAGAUCUUUAGCAACAUCCAGACGCUGUACCCCAACUCGCGCACAUGGAUGGUCAUGAGGUCCGAGUUUUUGAAGCCCAGUGACGAUUCGCCCUUCGUCAACUCCAUCUUCAACCCCGAGUUUGUAGACAGCCUGUACCCGCGCUCGACCACGGACAGGCGCCACCUGAUCAGCUCGGCCAAGGCGACCAACUACGGCGUGGUGCGCCUGGAGCUGAUCGAGAAGCUGUACGAGCUCAUGUACGACCAGCGCCGGGAACUCGGCACCGACGAGCGCCGGUGGCCUCAUCGGAUCCUGGGCGGCCGCCGCGUGCUCUCCUGCGCGCCAACAAAGGCCGGGGACAGGCUGCGCCUGCGCGUCAAGGCAGCCCCGCCGUCGGAGCUGGAGGCCGAGGAGGCGAGCGGGCAGCUCGAUGACGUGGCACCGGCGUCGUCUGACGCCAGCCUGGACCAGGAUGAGGUGGAGGAGUUCGAGGCGGACCUGGUUAUCGCGGCUACGGGGUACAAACGGGACGCGCACGUGGACAUGCUGCAGAGCCUGUGGUCCUAUCUGCCCGAGCACAAGGUGGACGCGCCCGCGGCAAGCGGGCCGGCCAAGCGUGCGAAGCCAGUGCUGGACAGCUGGGAGGUCAGGGUCCCGACCACGAGCAGCAGCAGCGAGGAGAGCCACGCGCCCGCCAAGUCGCUCGAGGUUGGCCGAGAUUACCGCGUUCAGUUUAGCCCGGGAUCCGUCGCCGCAGGGUCCGGGGUCUGGCUGCAGGGCUGUUGCGAGGGUACGCAUGGGCUGAGUGAUACCCUCUUGUCGAUCUUGUCCACGAGGUCAGGGGACUUGAUCAACUCCAUGUUCGGGCCGGCCAACUGAACUACGGGUAAUUCCCAGGUGGGACUGGGGCGGCAGUGCCUUGGGUGGGAAGGGGAAGAAUAACACUUGGUGUUAUGAGACGGGCGUAUGGGGGAUGUAAGAAAUAAAAAAAGAGAAUGAAACGGGCCUGCGCACAUGCAUGCCAAAAUAUCAGGUUUUAUUUGUUGCUUAUGCGGGGCGAGGGGGGCCUCGUCUGCUAGUUGCAGAAUGGUCGAUGCUGAUGUCAAUGGCUCCUGGCGAUGCGCCACGAAAGAAUGUUUAGGUGUGUGAAACUGGGCAUGGUGUACCCGUAGCUGUUUUUGACACCCGCGAUUGUAACAUCACUGGCAUUCAGUGGAAGUUUCUCAACCUCAUAGCAUAACAACAUGAAGUUAGUUUGAGAGCGGACUCGAAGGAACAGUCCCAUAUUUCGCGUCAAGGUUGGUGUCUGAUGACUUGAAGU